GUCGACUAGUAUUCAGUGCUGACACCACCCAAGAUGGAAACACUAUCUUAAUGGCAUACAAAACAGCUAUAGCACAGACGUUCUUACGGAAUGCCAUUGUACGCCUGAAUAAAGAGGAAGGUAGUGAGAUCGACAUGGAUAUGCUGGAUCUUGUAGUUGAUUUUACAUUGGACACCAAGCCUGACAGCACGAGUUAUGUAAACGUAUACCUCCAGUCGAAACAAGCUGCCAAAUGGCCAGUUCCUGGUCUAGGCAUCGACCUGGUACUGGAGAAGGGAGAGAGACUUUAUCUACACGAAGGUGAUGGAUAUAGCUACAAGCAUACUCUUGAACAACUAAGAAAUAUUAUACAGAAAGCUGGACUCCGUCUGGAGAAAUAUUGGACUGAUGAACAGCAAAACGCCAUUUUCUGUCGAUGCAGCACUGAUAAUGUCAAUUAA